GUUUUCCUCCGUGAAGAGUGGAGCGGGUGCACGUCUGUGCCAAGCUUUGCCUUGUCAUUGUAUCCAGAGAGAAACGCGUGGUCAGCGGCACUACUGAGGGCUCCACUGCAGCGUUACUGGUACAUGGUGGUGUGUAAAGUCAGACUUCAAGCCAGACAUGGACACAGAAAAGAAUGCAGAGGUUUUAGAUUCACCAGAGUCUCCACAGCAAGAGGAGACUGAAAUGGAAAAAGAGGUUGUGUCAAAAGUGGAGGCACCAGAGGAAUUCACGGAGCCUGAGAAACCACCAGCUGCUGACGAGAAGACUGAGCAGCUGGCAGUGAACGGUCAAGAUACAGAAGUCACUAACUUAAAAGAAACAGAAGAGUUGAUUGUCGGGCUGUCUGAGGAAAUGAAGGAAAUGGAGAUUGAGGAUAGCUUGCCCAUAGAAAAGUCUGACACAGAGUCAGUGCCUGCUGCGGUGGCACCACCAGAUCGAGAUGAGUCAUCUGAAAAGAUCUCUGACCCAGUUGCAGCGUUAGACACAGAACCAGAAAACAUGCAGCCGGUGCCAGAGAAUGACCCAGAAACAUCGCCUGUGCAAACACCUCUGGCCGAGAAUGCCCCUGAACCAGAGCCAGAGAAACUGGCAGAAUCAGUUCCACAAGCUGAACUGCAAGAGCAAACAUUACCUGAACCAACAGCGCUGCAGCAGGCAGUAGAUACACAAUCACCCAGCCAAGAGGAGAAAGAGUUGGAACAAGUGGAAACUGAGACAGAAUUGCCAACUCUAAUGGAUACUGGGGCAGAAGAAGUUUCCAAAGAGGAGGUGGCAGAAAAAGAUGUUGCAGCUGAGCCUGCAAUGGAGGUGGAAGAAGAAAAAGCAGCAGAAAUAGAAAAACCAGCAGUGUUGGUGACAGAGGUUUCUCCAGUAAAGCCAACAGAGGCUGAGACAUUAAAGGAGGAGGCAUCAGCUGAAAGCGUGCAACCUGCAGAGGCCAAGAAGGAAAUGUCCGAUACUCUGAAGGAAACUGAAGUAGCAGCAGCAGCAGCAGGAGCAGAAGUUGUUGAAUCUGAGAAGAUUGAUGCUGAGCCUCAAAAGGAAGAGGACACUGUCCCUGCACCUGGCUCCCUGUCCUUUGCCCUCCUGGAACGAGAGCAGACCAAAGACGCCCUGCGAACAUCUCGUACCCUUGUUGUCCUCAGAGGCCUUCCAGGAAGCGGUAAGAGCUUCCUAGCACGGGCCAUAGCCGACGCCUACAAAGGCCACUGCUCCAUCUUCUGUGCCGACGACCAUGGUGUGAAGCCGGAGGAUCCAGAAUCCUCUGUGGAAGGAUACCGGGCUCUGGAUGAGGCUGUGGAGGCCUGCUGCAGUGCCGGAACAGCGUCCUCUGGGCUGGUGGUGGUGGAUGACACCAACCACACCCAGGAUCGGCUGGCCCGUCUGGGGGAGAUCGCCAUGCAACACCACCUCGUUGUGGUCUUUUUGGAGCCACGUACUGAAUGGAGCAGAGAUCCAGCACUGCUGACCAAGAAGACCGGGCGUGGACUGGAGGUGGCCCAACUGGAAGCCAUGAGAGUUUCCCUUGAGGAAAUGUCCAUUCCUCUUUUCUUUGGCUGGCUUCUUCUCUCCUCCGUCCAGGAGAAGGUGAGGUGCACAUCCAUGGACUUCCUGAAAACUCUGGACACCUUGGAGGCCUUCAAGAAGCACUUGAUUGACUUCACUGGGAAAGCUGAGAAGGAGGUGGAUUUGGAGCAAUACUUUCAAGCUAAAGGAACCCUCCAUUGCACUACAAAGUUCUGUGACUAUGGAAAAGUAGAGGGUGCCAAGGAGUAUGCACAGAAUCCAGCUGUUAAUGAUUUCUAUGGUUCCACAUUCGAGCUGUCACUGAGUGCUCUUUUUGUGACUCCUCGCACUGUUGGUGCCAGAGUGUCCCUCUCCGAGGAGCAGCUUUUGCUGUGGCCAGCUGAAGCCGAAAAAGAGGCAGGGUCUGACUCCCUGCCUCUGGGAAGCCGCGCCCACGUUACUCUAGGAUGUGCCGAGGGUGUUGAGCCGGUUCAAACAGGUCUGGAUCUGCUGGAAAUCCUGGCCCUGCCACAGGGGGAGCUCAUCGAGGAGAUGGAGCUCGGCACGCUGACCUAUUACGGCGAGGGAAGGUGGCUGCUCAGCCUCAGAGAGCCCAUCUGCGCCCCGGCCUGCUUCUCCAGCUUCUACGGGCACAAGAUGCUCGAGCCGACCAAAAAAGAACCGGAGAAGAAAAAGAAGCAAAAGUGCACCAUACUGUAAACGGCAAACACCAGGAUGUGUGUCCAGGAUGACUGGUGGUUUAAAAUGUAGGCUUACUCUGUGCAAGGUUUGUGUGUUUGUGCAGCAUUUAGGGUUCAGUUAUAGCCACCCUAAAUCCACAAGCUGUGUGCCUUUUUUAUUACUGUUGAUUUGCACCACAACCCAAGAUGCCUUCAAUCCAGUUAGGCUAGUUGACAACGUUGUUCAGUAUCUUGUUUCACAUAUCGGUGCCAGAGUUGCGGUAGUUGGCUGUUUGCUGAGGUGUUAGCUGCACUUUUAGAAGGUAGUUCAGACUCCUACCACUGCUCCAUAGUUAUCUAAUAGUUAGAUUUCCUCCUCUACACAUGUCAGUGUCUGUUAGUAGUCAGAUGUGAAUGAUUAGGUACUUUUCUUGCAUGCAUCAAAGAAAGAGAGAAAAAAAAAAAAAAAAAACUUAAAAACAACAACAUAUUUUAUUUGUCACGUACAAUACAAACAUGAUAUUUGGAUUUUAAGCAUAGCAUAUUCAAUCAAUUAAGCAUAGUAACACAUUUCUGCCCUGCUAAAAGUAACUUUUCCCCCUUCAACAGAAUUUGUUUUGCCUUUCCUUUUGGUUUAGUUGUAAGUGGGAAAAAAUUAGCUGUAAUUUCUGUGUGUGUGUCUAUGUCCACUGCCUAUUGAGUGGUUGUUACCGUAGCAUAUGGGCCAAAGUUAUCUAUUUGAUUAAGUGUAUUAUAAUGACUGUCAUUUAUAGAGGUCCUUCCUUGUUAAAUCUUUGCACUGUGCAUAGUUUGAAAGGGAGAAUGCUUAUGAUGUUGGCAUUUGUUUCAGCAGCUUGCACUUAAUACUUAUCCAAUGCUGUGAACCCAACUUCAUGUUUUGCAACCUUUUUUCUACGGUGCAAGACUGCACCCUUGAUCCCUUUUUAUUCUCUUUGAACGGCACUUCAUGUAUUGAAUUUUGGAUUUGUAUCCCCUGUGACUGUAAUUUUUGAAGGGUAAUUCCUACUUUGUGUAGCUCUUAUGAAUCACUAUUUUUGCACUUGUUUUGUACACUUAAUAAAAAAGAUCAUGCUUU